UGUACCGUGUAUAGGGGUCAAAGAGUUGAUUUAUUCCACUCUUCAGUUGGAUGUACCUCAGUAACCCUGGAGAGCAGUUAUGAAGAGAAGUCUUCCUCACAACUCGAGAUGGGCAGAGAGACGGUCAACUGUGGUUUAUGCGGUGCGCUCAGCCACGUUGGGCUCGUGGAGGAUGCUCACCCUGGGGGCAGAGUACGAGGACACCUGGGCUGUGUCACCUGACCGGAGGGGCGUCCCCGGUCUCCAGCGGGCAGAGGGAGAGCCGGGGGCUGUGGAGGGAGAGGACCCCUGCUCUGGAGACCCGGAGGGCCCGGUGUGGAGAGCUGACACGGUGCAGAAGUAUGACUCGGUGUUACACCUGGAGAACCAGAGCAGAGCGGGAAGAGGAGACGGUGUGCGUCAGAUAGUCCGGAAGCACGAGACGCUGAACAGCACACCAUGGCCUCGCGGGAUGCCUCGCUUCGCAGAAGAUCUGCCCACCCGCUAUGGAGGAGGCGCAGGCGGUGGAGGGAGAGGCGGACCGGGCGCCGGGAGAGGGGGAGCCCGGGGUGGCGGCGCUCCGGGCGGCCCGAGGGUGUACAAGCAGUCGAUGGCCCAGAGAGCCCGGACAAUGGCCAUAUACAACCCUAACCCAGUCAAACAAAACUGCUUCACUGUCAACCGCUCCCUCUUCAUCUUCCGCGAGGACAACCUCAUCAGGAAGUAUGCAAAGCGAAUAACAGAGUGGCCUCCAUUUGAGUACAUGAUCCUAGCUACAAUUAUCGCCAACUGCAUCGUCCUGGCCCUGGAGCAGCAUCUACCUGAACACGACAAGACGCCCAUGUCAGAACGCCUGGACGACACAGAGCCCUACUUUAUUGGAAUAUUCUGUUUCGAGGCCGCCAUUAAGAUCAUCGCCCUGGGCUUCGCGUUUCACAAAGGCUCCUACCUCCGCAACGGCUGGAAUGUAAUGGACUUCGUGGUCGUCCUCACGGGAAUCCUAGCCACGGUGGGUACAGACUUCGACCUGCGAACCCUGCGAGCAGUGAGAGUGCUGAGGCCCCUGAAACUGGUGUCAGGAAUCCCCAGUCUCCAGGUGGUGUUGAAGUCCAUAAUGAAAGCCAUGGUUCCUCUGCUUCAGAUCGGCCUGCUGCUUUUCUUCGCCAUCCUCAUGUUCGCCAUCAUCGGGGUGGAGUUUUACAUGGGAAAAUUCCACAGCACCUGCUUUAUAGAUGAUGAGAUAGUAGCAGACUGGCCUUGUGGCUUGGAGCCUCCGGCCAGGUUGUGUCCGAAUGGGACCAUCUGCAGAGGAUACUGGAAGGGACCCAACUUUGGCAUCACCAACUUUGACAAUAUCGGGUUUGCGGUGCUGACAGUUUUCCAGUGCAUCACCAUGGAGGGCUGGUCGGAAAUCCUCUACAGCACCAAUGACGUGGCGGGGAACACCUGGAACUGGCUGUACUUCAUCCCCCUCAUCAUCAUCGGCUCCUUCUUCAUGCUCAACCUGGUGCUCGGUGUCUGG